GCCUCCAACAAAGCUCUACUGACUUACUCUAACCUCUCAGAGAGAAGCUGUGAUGCUCUGUCUUCAGUUGUCAAGUCUCAGUCCUGUAUUCUGAGAGACCUGGACGUGAGUAACAAUGACCUACAGGAUUCAGGAGUGAAGCUACUUUCAGCUGCACUGGAGAGUCCACAUUGCAUGCUGGAAACUCUCAGUCUGUCAGGCUGUCUCAUCACAGAGGAAGGCUUUACUUCUCUGGCCUCAGCUCUGAUCUCCAACCCCUCCCAUCUGAGAGAGCUGGACCUGAGCUACAAUCAUCCAGGAGACUCAGGAAUGAAGCUGCUGUCGGCUGGACUGAAGGAUCCAGGCUGGAGACUGGACACUCUCAGGUAUGGAGAGGAAUGUCGAAUAGAGGAGGAAGAGCUGGAAACCUUUCACACUGCAGCUGGAUUGUGUUUGUUCUCUCCAUCAGAUUCCUCUAAACCCAAAAUCGACAUAAACACAGUACACACAAACCUCAAACUUUCCAACAAGAAAAGGAAGGUGACACAUGUGGAGGAGGUUCAGUCAUAUCCUGAUCACCCAGACAGAUUUGAUGUUUAUACUCAGCUUUUGUGUAGGAAUGAUCAUACUGGCCGCUGUUACUGGGAGGUCGAGUGGAGAGGACACAUUUAUAUAUCAGUGAGUUACAGAAGAAUCAGAAGGAAAGGAGACAGCAAAGACUGUUUGUUUGGAUGGAAUGACCAGUCCUGGAGUCUGUGCUGCUCUGAUGAUGGUCCUCAUUCCGUCAGGCACAAUAAGAUAAAAACAUCCAUCUCCUCCUCCUCCUCUUCCUCCUCCUCAUAUUUCUUUAACAGAGUAGCAGUGUAUGUGGACUGUCCUGCUGGCACUCUGUCCUUCUACAGAGUCUCCUCUGACACUCUGAUCCACCUCCACACCUUCAACACCACAUUCACUGAAACUGUUCAUCCUGGAUUUUGGUUGUAUCCUGGUUCGUCAGUCUGUCUGUGCUGA